GCAUAUCGAAAAAAUCGCUUAUAGCUGAUAAAUAAAUAUAAAUAUAUAUAGAUGAAUACAUAUAUAUAUAUGUAUCUUAGGCCUAUCCAGUGACUAAUAAUCAAGAGAAUAUUUUGUUUAUCUUUAGCUAUGAAGAAAUUAUGGAAUACUUUAUGUCUAUUAAUCAUAGUAUCGACAAUAUAUAAGGUAGAAUCAAAAGAUGCAACACCAAUCGUUCUAUGGCAUGGAAUGGGUGAUAGCUGCUGUAAUCCAUUGAGUAUGGGAUCAAUAAAAUCAUUGCUAGAGAAACAAAUAACCGGUGUUUACGUUAGAUCGCUUGAAAUUGGCAGCAAUGUUAUAGAGGAUACAGAAAAUGGAUUUUUAAUGAAUGCAAAUGAUCAAGUUGAUCUUGUUUGUAAAAAGUUGAAAAGUGAUAAGAAAUUAGAGAAUGGCUACAAUGCUAUGGGUUUUUCUCAAGGAGGACAAUUCUUGAGAGCUAUUGCUCAACGAUGUCCAACUCCACCAAUGAAGAAUCUUAUAUCAAUUGGUGGACAACACCAAGGCGUCUACGGUAUUCCACACUGUCCAGGAAAAAGUUCUAUUUGUAAUUACGUAAGAAAAAUGCUGAAUUACGGUGCAUAUGUUAGUUUUAUUCAAAAUCAUAUUACACAAGCUGAAUAUUGGCAUGAUCCUUUAAACGAAGAUGAAUAUAAGAAAUAUAGUAUCUUUCUAGCUGAUAUUAAUCAAGAAAGGAAAAUCAAUGAGAGCUAUAAAGAAAAUUUACAAAAAUUAAACAAUUUUGUUAUGGUUAUGUUUAAUAAAGACACUAUGGUCCAACCAAAAAUAUCUGAGUGGUUUGGUUUUUAUAAAAGAGGAAGUGUUAAUGAAACAUUCACUUUAAAAGAAAGCGAUAUAUAUAUUCAGGACAAACUUGGUUUAAAAGAGAUGGAUAAUAAAGGACAAUUGCAUUUUUUAUCUGUUGAAGACGACCAUCUACGCAUAAGUGAUACUUGGCUAAUUAAUAACAUCAUUGAUAAAUUUUUAAUCUAGACCAAUCUUUUAUUUUUACUACCAAGCUUUUUAUUUCUAUCUAAGGGUCUUUUCUAUUUGUACACGUGACAAACUAAUACAAAAAUAACUAUGAAAAAUACUCUUAUUUUAAACUAUAGAUGUGUUGUUUGAUAGUUAAACAAACAUCUGCUUCCAUCUUGAGGUUAUCUUUGUAAGGAAAACUUCUUGCAAAGGCGGCGUGGUAUGUAAGUUCUUAAUAAGUUGUAAAUUUAGCUCAAUGAUUUGGUUCAUUAAAUCUUUACGAACCUGCGGAAGUUAAUUCUCAUUAGGUG